AUGACGUCAUUUGGAGGAAAAGAAAUUAGAGAAGGAAACUUUAUGCCAACUUUCAAAAUCCAAGGUCAAGUAUACCACUCAAUAGGUAGCUUACUUCCUGAACAGAACAAGAGUCCGCAGUGCUUACAAAUCUAUUUCAUGUCUGAAGCUGAACAAAUUUCUAUUCGGUCAGAUAAUGCCCUAAAAAAAACUUUGAUUGAAUCAUUACAAAAGGUGAUGCAUGAUUGCAAUCCUCUUAUGAGAACUUUUAAAUCCAAUUAUGACUCUCGAACAGUAGAUGAACUUAAAAACUUAAAAUUGAUUAUUCAUGCUGAUCGAACUCCUGUUGGGGAGCAUCGAGGACGAUACAAUGCGCCUAGAGUGAAUGAAGUUGCUGCAUUAAUAGUGAACGAGGAAAAAGGCCCUAGAGACAUUAUUUUACAUGGUCGACAUGGGCGGUUGGAGCGAGUUUUUGAGCUCCACCGAUUCUAUGACUCCUUGCAAUAUCCUCUUAUGUUUGUUUUUGGAGAAAAUGGAUAUUCUAUUAAUGUACCACUUUACGGUGUUCCAAACAAAACUAACUUACUCAAUCAAUUUGUUGUUGAUAUGAUAGCAAAAAUGAUCACAGAACGUUUACUUUACUUGCGAACACAUCAGAAACAACUGCGUGCUGAAAGUUACAUUCAUCUACGAGAUGCAAUAAAUAAUGAUCGUAACAUUGAACCCUCCAGUAUCGGACAGCCUGUAAUAUUACCAUCCUCAUUCACUGGCUCACCGCGAUAUAUGCAUGAAAAAACUCAAGAUGCAAUGGCUUACGUAAACAGGCAUGAAAUUGUUUCAAGGGUUUUUCACUUGAAAUUAAGGAAACUUAUAGAUGUCCUCACUAAGAAAGCAAUAUACGGCGAAGUUGAUGGUUGGAUCUAUAGUGUCGAAUGGCAAAUACGAGGGCUACCUCAUGUGCACAUACUUUUAUGGCUUAAAACAAAAAUUCAGCCGGCUGAAAUAGACAAGAUCAUUUCAGCUGAAUUACCAGAUCCUCAACAAGAUCCCUUGCUAUUCAGUAUAAUUUCGAAAAGUAUGAUUCAUGGACCUUGCGGCGAAUGCAACAUGGCUUCACCAUGUAUGGAUAAUGGAAAAUGUACAAAAAAGUUUCCUCAAAAGUUUGUUAAAGAAACCCUAACUGCAGAUGAUAGCUACCCAACCUAUCGUAGAAGAGCCCCUGCAGAUGGAGGUCAUAGUUCUGUACUUACAAUUCGUGGCAAAGAAGUACAGAUUGAUAACCGUUGGUGCAAGCAAUUAAAUAUAUUUGCAAAUAUAUCAACAAAGGAUCGAACCGUGCCACUUUUUCAGUUGGAAACAUUGACGAAAUUGCAAACUAUGCUGAUGGACGCUAUAUUUGUUCCUCUGAGGGAUUUUGGCGUUUUUUUGACUUUGAGAUUCACGCACGUUGCCGCCUAUUACCGAUGGGACAGUAAUAAGUUUGUGAAAAGAAAACGGGGUAAAGAUGUUCCAGGCUGGCCAGGAUUAAAAAAAGAUUCAGCUAUAGGUAGAGUUUAUGCGAUUCAUCCCACCCAGUCGGAAUUCUUCCAUCUUCGAAUGUUACUUCAAUAUGUUCGAGGCCCAACUUCAUUUGAGUACUUAAAAACCGUUGAUGGUGUUACUUACACAACUUUCAAAGCUGCCUGUUACGCACUUGGUUUAUUGGAAAAUGAUGAUCAAUGGAAAAACACACUCGCAGAUGCUGCUUUGUCUGAUAAUCCAUCUAAAUUACGUGACUUAUUUGCUAUUAUUUUAGUUUUUUUUGAAUUUUCUGAAGAAGUGUUCAACAGAGGUUUAAUUGAAGUAGAAGACAAGAUCAUCUCUCUUUCAGAAAAAAAUUUGACUGCAUUUGGGCUAAACUCACCGGUUCGAGAUGAACUCUGUACUAAUGAUCCUUUGGAACAUUCCAUCAGACAUGGUUAUGAUCAUAACUAUUUAUAUAACUACGUUGAGCAAAAUCUUCCUAAAUCGGCUGGAAAACUGUCCCUUGCUGUUGAAUCUUCUGGCAUUGCUGCCACUCUCUUGAGUGGAGAAGAUUACACGUGCCCGAUACGCAAAAAUGGCCCACUUGCAAAAGUUCUUCAAGAUACAACAUUUAUUGUAUGGGAUGAGUGCACAAUGAGUCACAGAGCUCACAUUGAAGCAAUUAAUAGAACAUUGCAAGAUUUAAGAUCAAACCAGAAUUUAAUGGGUGGCAUUACAUUUGUUUUUGCUGGUGAUUUUAGGCAGAUGUUACCAGUAAUUCUGAGAGGAACUAGAGCUGAUAUUAUUCAUGACUGUUUAAAAUCAUCAUUUCUCUGGCAUUAUGUAGAGUCUCUUCAUUUACGUACUAAUAUGAGAGCACAUCUCUGCGAAAGAAACACGGAAUUUCCAACACAGCUAUUAAAAAUUGGCGAUGGCACGAUGGAAAAUGAAAACGGUUUUAUCACCCUAGAUCAAUCCAUUGGAAAACUGGUUACAACUGUCGAUGAUCUUAUUUCCGAAGUUUAUCCAGACAUUGAAAAUUUAUCAAACAAAUCAUACCAAUGGUUAUGUGAGAGAGCGAUAAUUUCACCAAGAAAUUCUACAGCAGAGGAAAUUAACAACAUUAUUCUUCAAAAGUUGGUAGCUGAUUCUCGAGAGUACCUCUCUAUUGAUUCAGUCAUCGCAUCUGAAGAUGUUGUCAAUUAUCCUCAGGAGUUUUUAAACUCCCUAACUCCAUCAGGAUUUCCACCCCAUAAGUUGAGUUUGAAAGUUGGAGCUUCGAUUAUGCUACUACGUAAUCUUCAACCCCCGAACCUGUGUAAUGGAACCAGACUGCAAAUUAAAACUCUGCGAAAUAAUGUUAUAGAAGCUACUAUUUUGACAGGUCCAGCAUCAGGACAAAUAGCUUUUAUUCCAAGAAUUCUGAUGAUACCAACUGAUUUACCUUUUCAGUUCAAGCGAUUACAGUUUCCUGUCAAAGUUUCUUUUGCGAUGACAAUUAGCAAGUCGCAAGGACAAACUUAUAAUUUUGUGGGGGUAGAUUUACGUUCAAACUGCUUUUCACAUGGACAAUUAUUAAGAUUGUAUUCUCAUUAUAAAGUCACUGAAACGGCCAAAGUACUAGUAGCUAUAAGUCCAUCUGCUCAAAUCAUACAUACCAGUUCCAUUUUUGGAGGACGAGCAUCUGACAAGGUGAUAUUCAACCAAAGUGGAAUCAUACAUAAAAUGAUACCUGAAGUCGAUACCUUGAUGGUUGAUAAAGAAUUUGACAUCGUUGAGGAAUGUUGUAAAAACCAUAAAAAGCUACUAAUGCCUCCAAAAUUGGGACGAAAGAAACAGUUUUCUCACGAAGACUUUGUAAGUACUGAAGACAUUGCUGCAGCCAAGGUUCACGUUUAA